UGUUAUUGGCAUUAAUAAAGUGAAGUGUGUGUGACAGUGGAACGGGACAGUUCUUUUUAUUUUUAUUUAUAUCUUCGUUUUGUAUUUUCUCUUCCUCUCCCUGUAAAUAGAGAAAAUUUAUUGUAUCUCUUUUAUUUUUGCCAAUCGCAUAUCUCUUUCAUUCUCCUCUCCGACUCUUCUUCUAACCGCAUGCUCCUCCGAGAUGUCUCCCGGGAACUGUAUUAUAAUAGUAAUAACAGUUUUCUCGUAAGCCGCCGCCUGUUUUUCGGCUGAUUACCGAAGGUCGCUUGACAGGUUUUUUUACAGUUUUAACGGCGACGCACGUUCCGUUGUGACACCAAAUAUAUUUCAUUAUUUAUAUUUUUUGUAAUAUUUAUUAAAUUCGUCAAAAGUAAUAUUUCUCAAAAUUUUUAUAACUCUUCUUGCAUAUAAUUUUUUUCGGUAUCUUUAUUUUAAAUUUACAAUAUGUAUAUUUUUUAUAAUAAUUUUAAUCGUCUUUAUUACAAUAUGAGUAUUACACGUAGACACUCCAUUUAACCCGAGAUACAACAUUUAUAUCCUGUCAUAAUAACUCUGAUACUUCCCUGGAAAGUCUUUUCCAACCCAUAUCGUAUAGUAUCCUUCGCCGGACUGAGACAGUGACACUAACUUAGCGGACACAGUGUAUAAUGUUGUUUUGGAUGUGACACACAUUCGACUGCCGGCCAUAUUGUAUCAUUAUUUCAGACAACGCGGCAGGGUGGCGGCUUCCAAGUAUGGCGGUGGGGUGUCUCUCUCGGGUGUGGCGGUGAGGCGCGGCAUGAAGUGCGCCGGUGUGGCCGGCGGCGGCGACGAGCUGCUGCUGGGCGGCUGCUGGCUGGACCCCAAGGACGCCUCCCCUCCGCCCUGCCACGAGCUCCUCGACUCUCUCCUCGCCCCUCCACCACUGGCCGAACUCAAACCUCUCCCGCCCUUCACCGGAUAUACCGGCCACCUCUCCAUCAACGGCAUCUCCGGUCAUCAUUUCCAUGCUAUAGCACAACGUCUUCCAGAAGAAAACAACAACUAUCCCACGCAGAGCGGUUACGGUGCCGAUCAGGAUGUGGUCUCCUCGUCUACGUGUGCCGCUGAAUCCGAGCCUCCGGAUCUCGAGGAUGUCAAACCUUUCCCUCUGGACGCCCCGGAUACCAAACCGUUUGCAGAGUCGUCGGCGCCCGGUGUAGCGGACUCCUGUGCUCAAUCUUGUUCCCCGCCUGCGAAAAUAUUUGAUGAUGGACAUAAACAAGACAUGUACGACAUCAGUUCAAUAGAGGACUUAGCAGCCAUCAUUGGCUCCGCGAUCGCUGAUACGACUGUUCAGUCUCAGCCGGAGGAUCCUGACAGAAAUGAUUCUAGAGAUAGCUGGAUGGACAUAGAUGCAUGGAUAGCGGGCGCUUGUAGUCAACAUGGGGACAAAAUAGUUCAACAAGACCUAUCGGAAUUCGGUUUCGGUUCUCCGCCACCAUCACAAUCGAGUCACCAGUCCAGUAUAGACUUUCCAUGCAAGCCCAGCCAAGAGUUCUCGAAGAGAGAAGAAUUUCUUCAAAAGAAUUUAGGACAGGCUGGAUCUACUCUCCAGUCGCUAUUAUCUCAUGGCUACAUGCCUUUAUUGCAAAACAGAUUGCAAAAUGGUCCCCCUGUUAAACAAGAGGCUCCAAGUUCGACGAGUUGUGGCAUGGACGUAAUAUCAACGUCGUCGCCACCAGGGAACGCCGUUUCAACCACAGACGGUGUUGGAGGAUUGCUCAAUGGCAGAUAUGCACCCCAUUAUGCUCUCGGGCUAAAACUGGAUGGACUCUGUAGUCCAGAAAGAUUACUCGGCUAUUCACACGCCCACACGACUACGGUUACUCCAUCCAGUAAAAGUAAACGUAGUCGAGCAAAAGCAAAACAAGUAAACAACGGAGGAAGUCUGCAUGGAAGUUCGUUAGCCUUCGCAUCGGCAACAUCUGCGGAACUGAGCGGCUUGCUAGGGAAAGAGAAACCGGUGCAUCGCUGUGGGAUCUGUAAUAGAGGGUUUUUGAACAAGUCCAACAUAAAGGUUCAUCUCCGGACUCACACCGGGGAGAAGCCCUUCAGAUGCGACGUAUGCGCAAAGGCUUUCCGUCAGAAGGCGCAUCUGAUAAAACAUCAGCAGAUCCACAAGAGGAUUGGGCGGGACUAGGACACCGCCGGCUCAAAAUAAAGCAUUUCUAUAGCUGUAGUUGUGUGCGUGAGUGUUGUGUGGACGAACUCACCUGUGUGGCUGCCUCUCUGGAAUGGAGAUACACACGAGUGUAGGCUCUUGUUGUACAUGACUCUUCGUAAGCAGCGUUGUCUUCUAACGUAGUUAAGAACAAUGUUUACAUAUUUUUUUUAUCCCUGUAGAAUAACACUCCUCCUAAGGACAAGUGCAAUGUUAACUAGUUUUAAGUCUUCAGAUUUAUUACGUAAGGCAUAUUGUUUAUAUUCUAUUGUACUAAUUGGGACCCGAUUCAUUCCAUUCACUAAGUUCAGUGGGAGAAUCCCUUAGCUUACAUUAACCUAGUGUAUGUACAUAUGUAUGUAUGUAGCUCGUCUCGAUGACAAACUGAAGUCGAUAUUCAGCGGACGAAGCACAACGUGACGUGCGAAUAUCAGAACUAUGUCUCGUCUCGCGACUUUCAUCCUUAUUUAUUUUAUAUUAUAUCUCGUGUAUGUGAAUGCUUACUCCGAUUACCUAUUUAUAGUCAACGUAAUGAAGAUAUUAUUUAGCUUUACAAUGUAUAUUAUUAAGUAUUGUAUUAUUUAAAGAAAGACAAAGCGAAGGAGGCUAACAUACGCGUUUUAUUAUUGUAUUUAAAUUGAUUCGUUCUCAUCUCAUCACAAACAUUCUUACUCGUAACGUACAGUAAGAUGGAACGUCACAAAUAUCAUUCGUUACUAACAUGACAAUAAUAAAAUCCAUGUAACAAAUUAUACGAAUUUAAACGCGCUCAUUGUUGUUAAGACGUUCGUUAACGAAUCGUUUAUUCAAAUCAAAAUGACUUAUUAUUCAUAUUAAUUGUGAAGUACUGAAAGUUCUAUGGAACCCUAAUAUGUAAGUAAGAAUCCUUCAGUGCGCACGCGAUCGGAACUCAUCGCAUCCGGGAAGCGGACGAAGAAAAACCUGGCCCGAUGCUCUAAUAACGACGAUCCGGUGUUACACAACAAACAUUUAGGGCACACGUUAUUUAAUUCCAAAUGAUUGAUAACAAAAACAUAAUAUAUAUACGAAUAUAACAUCGAGUAAAGGAUUAACAGCGUCACGUGCCUUCGGUUAAGACUUCUCACGGAAUAUUCCGUUUAAAAAAAUAAUAUACAGUUUUUAAAAAGCGUCGGCAACUUUCAUCUCAUUUUUAAUAAUUUUCGUUCUAAAACAAUCCGUACAAAGUAUCCAUGACAACGGUGUGAGUCGAGUAUAGUGCGAAGUGGAUGGAAUCCUUCAUACAUUCCCGUUAAUUCCCGUUCUACUAAUUCUAUGGUAAUGAAAUCGUCCAAAGUCUGCAAAUGACGGUCCUAGAGAACACGACCGCUCCGGUGGGAUGGACGCGCGUUUGUGAAACGCCGAAUAAAUAAUAAAUAGAUUUGGAUAUUAUAAUAUACUAAACGUUUAACCAGACCCUCCCGAGCCUUAUCCGCAUGUUCUAUGUUUCGUGUUUCAUACGCAGCGUUUCCUACGACAUUUGUGGACCUUAAUAAAGUACCUUUUUAGUUUUAGGACACCUAGCUUGUAAGUAUUUAUUGGUAAAUGUAAUUGUAUUGUAAAUCCCUCUGUCCAUUACAUCAGAUCGAUACACUAUCCAAUGAAUUCAACAAACGGCGGGUGAAAUUCGUUGUGUUACUUCAAAAUGUGCUCAUUGAAUUUAUUGAUAGUGUAAUGACCUUUACUUUUAGUGAUAGUGACGUAUUUACGUAAGAAAUGUUAUAUUUUCGAGAGGUUUUUCAUUUUAAGUAAAUUGUAAAUUAAUGUAAAAUAAACGGAGAUUUUUUUUUGU